GCGACCCCUAAUGGAGAGUUACGAAAUUAAUAAUAACGGUAGCACGAGGAUAAACGUGAAAAACUUUAGUGUGACGUCAGUAAAAAAUUAGUUUGAGCAAUUUAUAUCAUCGUAAAAUGCCAUGAGUGAUCUCAAAAUAAAUCUGUCCGUGCCUUUUCCAACUGCUAGGGAAGCAGAAGUGGCUUAUAAAGUACUUCUAGUUGAUAAAGAACCUGCGAGAGGUGGAGUGACUAAAACAUUAACAUUAAACGAUAAUAUUCUGGAAAUAUUAUUCAUUGGCAAAGAAGCACGGAAAGUACGUGUAGGGCUUACAUCCUUCUUUGACAAUCUUUUACUAGUCACAGAAACUAUCCAACAGUUUGGCCCACCUGAACCAACAUACAAUUAUUAUUAAUUAAUGGUAUCUUUUUCUAUCACUUUAACUAAUUAUGUGUUGUUGAUACUUUAAAAUGUAU